AAUUAUUUAUGAGAAAAACAUAUUUCUAACGUUUUUAAUUUUUUAUAAUUUGUUAAAAUUAAUUUAAAAUAAAAAGUUUGUCGAUGUAAUGUUAAUAGUAGCAUUACAGUAAACGGUUAUGCUUGUUAUUACUUUUAUUAUUUUUAUCAAGUUUUGUAGUAGGGCAGAUGCUUCAAAAAGCUAGUAACACAGUUUUUAAUUGUUUCAAGUACUAUUGUGUUUUUCACUGUGUAACCGAACAUGUAGUCGACGUCGUUAUAUGUUCAGGAGAAUCGAUGGAACCUUCCAUUCAGUCAGGAGAUAUAGUAAUUAUUCAACGAUUUUCAAAAGUUUUUAACAAUGUCGAUAAAGGUGAUAUGAUAUUAGCCAAGUCACCAAACGAGAAUAAGCUAGUUGUAAAAAGAAUACAAGCUAUGGAUGGGCAGACUGUCAGAAGAGGCAUGAGGUAUCGGACGGUUCCUAAAGGUUCAGUGUGGUUGGAAGGAGAUAAUAAAAACAAUUCUUUAGAUUCUUGGCACUAUGGUCCAGUUCCAAAAGGUUUGAUAUGUGGUCGAGUUUUGUGCCGAAUUUGGCCUUUGUCAAACUUUACGUUAAGAGUUUGAUAUAUUCUCGAAACGAUUAUUAUGAAAAAAUUGGUUUAGAAAAUAAUUGUACUGUUAUUACUAUGUUACAAUAUAGUGAUGUUUGGUAUAUUACAAUAGGUCUUAAAAACUUUAUGAAAAAAUAACUGUUGCCUCUAUAAUUGAUAAUA